CUCAAGCAAUAACCAAACCCCAAAUCUCAAUCCUUUCACCAUGGCCACCGAUCCAACCGCCGCAGGUCCCGUGGCAAUGCCCGCUACAGCCUACCAGCCGUUACCAAACCCAAUCACCGUCGUGGGGCAGCAAUUCUGCGCGCAAUACCCAGUGGAUCUCGUCAUCGUCAAGAAGGUGAUGACCAUAUCGGACGGUAACUUCGCCGUCACUGACGUCAACGGCUCUGUCAUCUUCAAAGUCAAAGGCACUCUCCUGAGCCUCCGUGACCACCGUGUGUUGCUCGACGCCGCUGGCAAGCCGAUCGUCUCUCUCCAAAGCAAGAUGUUGUCGAUGCAUAGGAGGUGGAAAGUGUUUAGAGGAGAAAGCUCAGACCCCAAAGACCUUCUGUUCAGUACAAAGUUGUCGUCCAUCAUUCAAUUGAAGACAGCGCUGAAUGUGUUCUUGGCAGCCAAUACAAAAGAAGAGGUUUGUGAUUUCAAGCUCAGGGGAAGCUGGUUCGAUAGAUCCUGCACUGUUUAUGCUGGCAAUUCUAAUACGAUCAUUGCCAAAAUGCACAAGAAAUACAACGUUCAAAGUGUUGUGCUUGGAAAAGACACUUUUGCUGUGACUGUGUAUACCAACGUCGACUAUGCCUUCAUAGUUGCUCUUAUCGUGAUUUUGGACGAGAUUAACAAAGAUUAUGUUCUACUAAAGCAAGUACCCCUGACCUUCACGCCCAGCAGACAAGACUCGAGCAAUAACCAAACCCUAAAUCUCAAUCCUUUCACCAUGGCCACCGAUCCAACCGCCGCAGGUCCCGUGACAGUGCCCGCUGCGGCCUACCAGCCGUUACCAAACCCAAUCACCGUCGUGGGGCCGCAAUUCUGCGCGCAAUACCCAGUGGAUCUCGUCAUCGUCAAGAAGAUGAUGACCAUAUCGGACGGUAACUUCGCCAUCACUGACGUCAACGGCUCUGUCAUCUUCAAAGUCAAAGGCACUCUCCUGAGCCUCCGUGACCACCGUGUGUUGCUCGACGCCGCUGGCAAGCCGAUCGUCUCUCUCCAAAGCAAGAUGUUGUCGAUGCAUAGGAGGUGGCAAGUGUUUAGAGGAGAAAGCUCAGACCCCAAAGAUCUACUGUUCAGUACAAAGCUGUCGUCCAUCAUUCAAUUGAAGACAGGGCUAGAUGUGUUCUUGGCAGCCAAUACAAAAGAAGAGAUCUGUGAUUUCAAGCUGAAGGGAAGCUGGUUCGAUAGGUCCUGCACUGUUUAUGCUGGCAAUUCUAAUACGAUCAUUGCCCAAAUGCACAAGAAACACAACGUUCAAAGUGUUGUGCUUGGAAAAGACACUUUUGCUGUGACUGUGUAUCCCAACGUCGACUAUGCCUUCAUAGUUGCUCUUAUCGUGAUUUUGGACGAGAUUAACGACGAUAAAAAGGAUUGAAAGCCCCUUUCUAUGCCAAGGGGCUGUGUGUCAUUCUAGUCUGUUGGACUACUAGGUUUGGUGUAUAUGCGCUAAGAAGCCAAAAGUAAAUAAUCCCAGGAUCCUUUGGAGGGCUCUUUAUCCUGAAGUUUAAUAAAUGGUAUUCUCCAUAAACCAUCUGUUGGCUGUGCGCAAGGUUUACGUAUAUAUUAUUGCUCGGAGAGAACCAUCUUCAAAAUUUAUUUGAUUAAUUUGUUUCUGUAAUAGAGAAUGGUAUGCUGACGUGUUGAAUUAUUGUUUGAAUAUCCUCCCCGGAUAUGCUGGGGCAUGGAUUAGAAGGAGGAUUAGCUA